AUAACAGAAAACGUGUUUAGUUCGGUUCAGCUUUAGGAGUUCAGUUUAUUGAUAAUUUUGAAUCGAAUUGAACGGUUUCGAACCCGUUCCCAAAUUACGAGAACCCUUGGUUUGGUGUCGCCGGGCUUUAGGGAUCAGCCUUUCAAUGGCCGGAUUAGAGCUGAUUAUCGGUACGUACGAGGAGUACACGGUCGGAUACAAAGUGGAACCAUUCAAAACGGAUCCCUCCCGGCAGUAUUUAAAGGAAAAUUUCUCUACCCACAAUCACACGGCAUCGGUUAGGGUGCUGGCGAGCUACGAUAAAUAUCUUGCUUCCGGGGGAGCGGACGACAGGAUCUGUGUGUUUGAUUUGGAGAACGGUACGUUGAAGGAUGAAUUGCUUCAUCAUAACGGAACGAUCAACUGUUUGACUUUUUCACCCGAUGGAAGCUAUCUGUUCAGCGGAAGCCACGAUGGAACUAUUUCAGCUAUCAAUAUGAAGAAAUUGAUGGUGGAUAAAACGUGGAAGAAUGCCCACAGCAGCGCGGUUCUGUGCAUCACUAUUCAUCCGUUGGGUAAAUUGGCACUUUCGCUGGGAGCAGAUAUGACUCUGCGAACAUGGGAUUUGGUGACUGGGAGGACGAUAUACACGCGAGGUCUACGCAGUGACCCCAAAUACGGUGGAAGCCUAUCCUUGGUCGAGUGGGGCCCUGAUGGAAAACAUUUCGUUCUGGUCGGAAAUCGAGUGGUGGAUGUCGUCUCGGUGGAAACAACCAAGUCAGCCCGCACGGUUACUUGCACGAGCCGACCGGCUUCACUCUGCUGGAUUUCCGAAUCGGAGCUCGCAGUCGGAUUGGAUGACGGUCAUCUAGUGAUGUUUAACAUAUUUAGCGAGGAAGAACCGGAAAAGUUCCGAGCAUACGAAUCGCGACUGAAAGCGAUUGCGUGUGUGGGUGGCAGUCACCUGGCAGCGGCUUCCAGUGCCGGAGAUAUCAGUCUGUGGCAAAUAGAUGGCAGUAAUUUUCACGAGCUGUGCACCACAAACAUCGGAUGUCGGCCGACCUGUCUGGUGCUGGUGGAAGCUGAUCGACUCGGAUUGCAUCGGUAUUUGAAGCAGCAGACUGACAACAAGGACGAACUGCGACAGCAACUGAAGAAGAUUCACUCGAUUGGGAAGGUAACGGUUGAACAUGAGGAUGAUUCGGCACAGGAAGCGACUAAGACGGGGAAGAAGAAAAAGAAACAGCCAUUGGGGCAAAAGCAGGCACGCUUUACUAGUACUCCGGUUGUGAAGCCAAAGCAGAAGUUGUCAGCUGUGGACGAGGCGGAGUCAUCAAUUCAACCGGCGAAGGGUACGUCGGUGAAGAAGAUGAAAAGGAAAUCGGCGAGCCACGCCAUGAGUUGGGUGGAGGAAGAUGUUUCGCCGGGUGUAGCAGGAGCAGGAAAGGAAUAGAUAACCACGAAGAGGUUUUGCAAAGGAAUCGAAGGAACUUUGAGUAAAGCCUAUAUUGAAAUCGAGAAAAAGAGCAACAAGUGUUCAUUACGUUCAUUACCAUGUUUCAGUUUGUUAGGCUUGAAAUGUUAGAAUUUCCAAUAAACCAUUUUUUUUUGUUUU